CGCCCCGCUGUCCGACACGGAAACAGCCCACGCAUCACUACUACGAAGGCAAGGACAGAACAAAGGAUAAAGAAGCUAUUCAUUCACUCUGCACGACCGGGACAUUCUUGAACCUUAUUUUACUUUGUAAAUUUCACUUGUAUCGCUCUCUUUCAAGCUCGGAAUCAUCGGAGACGAGAGCACCAUAAAUACGAGACCUGGACUCUUCGCGCUCGACAGCUUGGGUUGAUCGAGGAAGAGCUAUCGAGGGACUGAUCAAUAAACUCACAUACCUCUUUUCAACGAUAGUACCGAUAUUUCUACGAUCAUCAAGCAAGAACGCAAGAUCACACAUACCUACCUACCUACCAACCUACUACAACAGCCGACACAAUGGCACCACCAGGCCGCACCUCCCCGCCACCCGCGGAGUCGAACUCAGACACCACGCCCGCACCCACGAUCUCGAGAUCGCCAUCAAUCAGCAUAUCUCCCUUGCAAGACAACCCUCCCUCGCCUCGCGCAGGAUCGGGGUCUGCGGCCACGACGUCGUUGCAGGCUACAGCGGCCGUGAACGCCGGGUUAGCACAGGAGGACUCCCGACGCUCCUCCAUCUCCUCGCACCGCCACACCAGCCGCCGCCGCUCCACAGUCCUCAUGAACCUCGCGCACAACAACCCGAGCGUGCCGGCGCCUGGCGAGAUGGUGCACGAACCGCACGCGCAGACGGGGUUGGAGGCGUCGCCGAGGCUUGGGGCUGCGGGGGGGGUUGGUGUGGGAGAUCCGCAUCAUUUGAGGAAUCCGAGUUUGGGGGAGAUUCAUCAGGAGUUGGAGCAAGAGCAGGAGGCGCAGGUUAACCGCCUCCUCCAAAUGAUCCGCGUCCAACAACACCAACUCCAAUCCCUCCGCGCCGCCUCCGGCCUCUCCCCCACCACCUCCGCAAUCGACGACUCCAUCCCCUCCGAACCCCUCUCCACAACCGGCACCACCGCCUCCUCCGCCUUGGCAACCCCUCUGCCCAUCCCGCGCUCCCCCAGUGCUUCGUUCAGCGCGGGCGUAGGCCAGCACCCGCGCAGCUCGUUUGAUCUCGCGCGCGCGGAUCUGCAGAGGAGGGAGCGAUCGAGGACGCCGAGUCGGCAUGCGAGUCCGAGACUGGGGUCGACGGCGGGAUUGGGGGAGGAGGGGCUGGGGAGGGAUGAGAGUGCGUUUUAUCAGGCGGAGACGCAGAUGCUUGUUAGGGAGAAUCAGAUGCUUAGGUUGAGGAUUCGAGAGUUGGAGAGACAGGUAGCCGAGACCUGCGCCCACUCGGAACUGACACGCCAGCCCAGCUUGCCGUCCAAUCUGCUGGUUGAGCGGAGCGAGGCGGAUGUUACCCCGCGACCUCAGCACGCGGGCGAGAAGACCGAGUGAGCGGGGUGCUUUCGAUUUCAAAUUUGACACUGUCGGGUUGGGAAGUGGAGUCUUGCUUGGGUUUUUGUGCUUGUAGGAACAUUAGUUGGGGAUACUGCUGGCGUUUGGUCUUGAGUUUGUAGGACGGAUACUGCCUGGGACUGGGGAGUGUAAUUGUAGGGUUGGGCGCACUCGCUACUUUGCCUUGGGAAUACAGUAUUAUUAUUAAUUAUUAUUAUGGAAAACCCUACCC